AUGCCGCCCGAAAGCCAAAACGAUGCGCAUACUUCGUACAGUCUCGACACAGUGCCUGCGGCAUACUUCCCCGACACAUUUCGCGUCUCGCAUCCAUCCGUCCUCUGCCUCCGCCGCCGACCGGUCGCAAUCCCGUUUGUUUGCAAGCCCAGCGAAUUUCACCGUCCGUCUUGUGGGCAGACCGUUCCUCCGUCUCACCAUUCGAAUAGCCUCAAAAGACGACUCUACUCCUGUACUGAUACCACUAUCAACGCGAGAAUAGUCUUAGCUGACACUGCAACCCCUCCUCCGAGCUUGCCUUUCGGACCCGACCAUUCCCAACGAGCCUUCAUCACCCUGCCCUGCGAUAAAGCCGGGCCCGCCGAUUGCUACAGCGCUUUCGCCUCGGCAGCACAGAGUCACAAACCCUGCCAGACCCGCGGCACGCCGGGCAUUGGCCCACACCGCAAUGAGAAGGGACGGCCAGCGCAAUCGGGCCAUGGCAAGAGAGGACCGCGGACGAGAACGACGGCGAGGCACAGAAUGCCAUGGUCCAUGGCCCACGGGGGUGUGGACGACAAACACCGCCGGGCGGGCCUGGAAUCGCCGCGCCCCCCUGGUCCUAGAGUCGGUAUCGCACCCUCUUCCAAGUACUCCGUACCUUUCUUCCUCUCCUUGGUGCUUGUCCCCAAAUUCCACGGAGCGCCAAAAACCAACCGGCGGCUACAGAGCCACGCCAGCUUACACGGCGUGACGGCGCGGCAGGGCGCUUUCGUUGGACGCUGCGCUCGUGCCUUUGGACACUUCUUUGACGGCACGGCCUCCAGCGAUCGAGAUGAAGAGGGGCCGGAAAUGCAGCAGCAAAACUGCGUGGUCCUCCCAGCUAUAGAAGUUCUCCAGGGGCAUAUUUUCCGGUUGAGUCUCUCCCAUGCCAACUCGACCGCGUCGUCGUCGACACUCUGCCGAUUUGCAAGUCCGGACACCAUACCUCUGCACAUCAUCAAGAUAAUGCUGCUGGAUGUCUCUGGUAUGUGGGAUAGCCAGUCCACGGCUCGUCCCGGCCAUCGGGCUGGUCUGGAACACACGACUGGCACGCUGGCCGAGGGUCGACACGGCUGUUGCUUCUGUGCAAUGUGCACGAAAGACAGUGCCGGCAAAAGCUGCCGCCUCGUCUCCGGGUCUGCUACGUUUGCAAGCUGUUCCGUCUUCGCUCCGGUGGCAUCCCACCCAGCACGCCCUCGCCCCCAGUUUUCACCAUGGAGCAGCAAUCCCGAGAAAGUCCAGCGCCAUCUCGUUCCGGCGACGCGCCAAAUCUCUUCGACGCCCCGCCCCACCCGGCCGUUUCUUCGUUUCUGUCCGUAUCACCAAACAUUUUCUGCAGCAAAGGCAUACUGCGGCAUGCCACUGUGUCUUACAUCAGGUUUCCACUGCGUCAAGGAAUUGAUAUCAAGAUGUGCUCGGCACAAAACCGACGUUGGCUACCGUCCGGAUACAAUGCCCUUGUGCACUGUCACCAUGCCGACUACGCGGCCAAGCCGGAUCUCUGAUGCCUUUUUUACAGACUUCAGGUAUACGUCGUACAAACAUGCGACAUCUGCUUCCUCGCUGUUUGCACGCUCUCUUUUAUGGGUGCCUCUCUUCAGGGCUGGUCAGGCUCCGCAGCACUCUACGCGCAAAAGGAAACAGCCUGAUGUCUCUAGAACGCUGCAUCGGAUUUCGCUAGCGUCUGAACACUCUCUCCCGGUGACCGAAGAAAAGCCUAAUCCAGACUUUUCGGCAGAUAUCCAGACGGGGCUGGCGGCUGCCGUCGAUAUCCACACUUUCGCGCGUCUUGUUCCGACUUAUUCCUCGGUUGACGAGAAUCGCGACAUUGGAUACCGAUUCUUGAUUGCAUUCUCUGGAGUAUCUCUCGCGGCCGAACUUCUGGGGAUGGUCUUCCUGUCUGGCGCCCGACUCGCCGUAGUGUUGCCGGCAAACCUGCCCAGUGCGGGUGGUUCCCUCUCUACGCACCCCCGACCCGGCGCGUGCCAGUACAUUUCAGCCCAGCGUGCUGCCUGGUCUGAAACCCAACAUCCGACACACUGCACGCAAUUGUGUGACCUCAAAGUCUCUCUUCAGAAACAGACGAACGUUUGCUGCAGCGUAGCACUGUCUUAUUGA